AACUUUUUCUUGUGAUCUUGUUCUAUAUAACUCCCGUGUUUUUUUUAUCAUAUCUUGUCUAACAUCUGUUUUAUAUAUGAACGUUGCUUUGCAUAGAAAAACUGAGAGAGAUGAUGGAUAAGGAGGAAGCAACACCAUUGUUAAGAAAGAGUGAGGUGGCACCAUUAGAGGAUGAUGAUGCAUUUUGUGUAGAGCUUAAAAGGGUAGGCUCCAUGGCAGCUCCAAUGGUGGCUGCGAAUAUGUGUCAGUUCCUUCUACAAGUUGUGUCACUGAUGAUGGUGGGACAUCUUGGGCUUCUUGUCUCAUUCUCUGGGGUUGCAAUUGCCAUCUCUUUUGCUGAAGUUACCGGCUUUUGUGUUCUUAUGGGAAUGGCUGGUGCAUUGGAAACUUUAUGUGGCCAAACCUAUGGUGCAGAAGAAUUUACAGAGAUUGGAAACUACACUUUUUGUGCAAUUGUCACUUUGCUUUUGGUUUGUCUCCCCAUAUCUCUGCUGUGGAUAUUCAUGGAUAAAAUACUAUUGCUGUUUGGUCAAGACCCUGAAAUUUCUCAUGUAGCUCACAAGUACUGCAUAUGCUCCAUCCCUGCACUGUAUGGAUUUGCUGUUCUUCAAUGUCAGAUCCGCUAUUUCCAGACUCAGAGUAUGAUCUUUCCCAUGGUUUUCAGCUCAAUUGCGGUUCUGUGUUUGCAUGUUCCUAUUUGUUGGGGUCUGGUAUUCAAAUUGGGGCUGGGACAUGUUGGAGCAGCAUAUGCUAUUGGAAUUUCAUAUUGGUUAAAUGUCAUUGGGCUUGGAAUUUAUAUGAAUUAUUCUCCAGCAUGUGAGAAGACCAAAAUUGUGUUUUCAUUUAAUGCUUUACUAAGCAUUCCAGAGUUCUGCCAAUUUGCUAUUCCUUCUGGGCUGAUGUUUUGUUUUGAAAUGUGGUCAUUUGAGCUACUUACAUUAUUUGCUGGGCUUUUACCUAAUCCACAACUUCAAACCUCAGUUCUUUCUGUCUGCCUUAACACAACAACAUUGCACUACAUCAUUCCAUAUGCUGUUGGAGCUUCUGCAAGUACUCGCAUUUCGAAUGAAUUAGGAGCAGGGAAUCCAAAGGCAGCUCAAGGUAUUGUUCGUGUUGUUGUGAUUCUUGGAAUUGUCGAUGGGGUUAUUGUCAGCACUUUCUUCGUUUGUUGUAGGCAUAUAUUAGGAUAUGCUUAUAGCAAUGACAAGGAAGUUGUAGAUUAUGUUUCAGACAUUGUUCCCAUUCUUUGUGGAUCUUUUACUGCAGAUAGUCUAAUAGGAGCUCUUUCCGGGAUUGCAAGAGGUGGUGGAUUUCAGCAAAUAGGGGCUUAUGUGAACCUUGGAGCCUAUUAUCUUGUGGGAGUUCCUUUGGCAUUCUUAUUGGGUUUUGUUCUACAUUUCAAUGCCAAGGGACUCUGGAUGGGAAGUCUUACAGGGUCUGUUCUACAAGUGAUUAUUCUGACUGUUGUAACAGUGUUAACAGAUUGGCAGAAAGAGGCAACGAAAGCAAGGGAGAGAAUAGUUGAGAAGUCAAUUAAAGUUCAUAAUGAUUCAGUGAUAUGAUCCAAGGAUCCAAUCACUAUAAUAACUUGGGAAGCCUAAAACAUGGGAUGUUUAGAAGGAAGUCUAGCCUAUAAACAAUAGGAACUUUGUAGCUUUGAGGCAGAUUGGAGUCUGAAUGAAAGUUUGAGUUUUCUACUUUUGUGAGAGCUUCCCUUGGUUCUAGGCAAAGAACUAAAUUUGACCUUAUCAAGGUAAUUUGUGGCGAUCAAAUCUAUGACUUAUCACCCAUCUUCUCCCCUAUUUCUUGAGUGCGGCGUCAAUAUCCUUUUCUAAAAGAAAACUAAAUCAAUUUCUUAGUCUGAAAACUUCAACCCGAUCCGUCUCGUUUCCGUGUUCAUAUCAUUCAGUGAGAAAUUUUUUAAAUAUAGUAGAAGAAUGAAAGAGUGGAAAAAAAAGGAAGUACUGACUAAUUUUCUGUUAGAUUCUGGUUUUGCUAUUGUUUCUAUUUUUUGGUGAAGUAAACAGAUAAAAGUUAUUAUGUCUGUAUAUAUGUGAUUUAAGAACCGGAAUUGUGCCUAUGAAGUGUAAGGGUAGCACAUAAGUCAGAACUUAGAAAAUUAUUCAUGACAUGCUGCAGUUACAUGGAGGUGGAUCCGGGCUUCCAUUUUAGUAUCUCUUUCAUGUUCUGUGUCGAGGCAAGGAAUUGAUCUUCAGAUUGAGGGUGUGUUUUGUUUGGAGUGUGUUAACAAGGGGCUAUUUCUAUAAGGUUGGUCCUUCAUUGCGGUACAGGGUUGGUGAUAACGUGGAUUUUUUAUUGUUGUUGGAUGAAAAGUCGACAUGGAUCUUUAUAUUGUUGUGGGAUGAAAAGUGGUGGGAGCCUCUACGGUUUUGCAGAUUCAAUGGAAUUUAAUAGUAUCGAGGUGGAAGAUGUAUGUUUUAUAGUCUUGAGUUAAUUACAACCAAAUAAGCUUUGGAAGUAAUGGUAACUAUAAUGGUAAUUACGUUGGGUGUGACAUAUAGUUGUUUUAUGUUUGUUAGGGGGGUGGAUGAACUAUUGUUUUGCAUUGCUUUUUUUUUUUUUUAGCUUUCGUUAUUACAAAUCUUUGUACUGUUGUUGACAUAUUUGGAGUGAUCACAUCUUGUGGUGUAUCCAAAUCUGUUUUAUUUUAAUACAAGUUUCUUUGGCUUUUUUUCAAGAAAAGUAUCUCUUUCAUGUUUAACU